GAUUGGAGGAAACCUCACAGGACUUGGAUCAGAGAGCAGCAGCAGCAGGUGUCUGCCGGAUCACCUGGAGAUCUCUGAACUUUCAGCUUUAAUUCCAGCUUCUGCACCUGAUCACCAGCUUCCUCUCCCUGAUUGGCUGGGAUGACCAACAAGGUGAUCAACACCUGGGACUCAACAGUGGGCGGAGCUCCAUCAGAGGACGCCGCACCUUUACAGGUGUUCCCGGACGCGAAGGAACGUGCUCCGAAGCUCUCCAAGCGGGUCCCUUCCAUCGUGGUGGAGCCCACGGAUGGAGACGACGUGGAGAGCGGAGAGCUCCGCUGGCCUCCUGAUGACGCUGGCGGUGAUGUCACAAAGCGGCAUCAGCAGGUGACAGGCCGACCCAUGGAGGGGGCGGACCCUCAGGAGCUGGUGAUGGGCGGAGUCUAACACAGCCAGGUGAGGAGGCAGAGCCAACACACCUGAGAAGACCUCUGGAGGCGGAGUCCCAACACCAACAAUCAGUGGACUGAUAUAUUAAUGAAAAAACCUUUAAAUGUAUUCAUGUUAUUUUUAUUGGUAUUUUUUGAGGAAACUUUGUCCUAUUUGCUUUAAGUGCUGUUUUCACAGAUCAAUAAACAAUUUGUUUGAA